UGUCCACACCUGCCAUGAUGCUGGGGGACUCGACAUGCCGCGUGAGGUCAUCACAAUCCAGGUUGGCCAAUGUGGCAAUCAGAUUGGAUGCAGAUUUUGGGACCUGGUGCUGCGCGAGCACGCGUUCGUGUCCAAGACUGCGGUGUAUGAUGCGGCAUUGUCGUCCUUCUUCCGAAAUGUGGAUACGAGACAUGCAAACCUGCCUGGCCUCCCUGUGGGCGACCAAAUUCGAUCACUCAAGGCCAGAUGUUUGUUGGUGGAUAUGGAGGAGGGCGUGGUCAAUUCCCUCCUCACAGGACCUCUAGCAGAUUUAUUUGAUGCAAGGCAGAGAAUCACUGACGUCUCUGGAUCUGGCAACAAUUGGGCACAUGGCUAUCAUGUGUAUGGACCAACCUACCGAGAAAGUAUACAGGAAAAAGUGCGUAGGUCAGCAGAGCAGUGUGAUUCAUUGCAAUGUUUUUUCCUAUUGCAUUCCUUGGGUGGUGGGACUGGCAGUGGUCUUGGAACCUACAUCUUGGAAAGCUUAGAAGAUCUAAUGCCCGAAGUCUUUCGCUUCGUUUCCUGCGUGUGCCCAGCGCGCGAAGACGACGUGGUCACUUCACCCUACAACAGCAUCCUGGCUAUGCGGCCACUGAUCCAAUCAGCUCAUUGCGUGCUGCCCGCCUCCAAUGACUCGUUGGCAAACAUCUGCAACCAGAUUUCCAUCCGAGAUGCAGAGGAUUCCAACACGGCCACCCUGAUUGAUUUGCCGCAAGAUGAACGUCAACCCCGUCGCGCACCGCGAGCACCUGGCCGCCGUACUGCCCAGUCAGCGCCACCCAGGAAGAGGCCGCAGGCGGAACCAGAGACACCAGUUGCAGUGCCACGCUCUGCAGGGACGACGCGGCCUCCUCCCAUUGGUCAAGAGCGCCCUUUUGAUCGGAUGAAUUCCUUGGUGGCCCAUUUGCUGAACAAUCUCACCAGCUCCAUGAGAUUUGAGGGGUCGCUGAACCUGGACUUGAACGAGAUCACUAUGAAUUUAGUGCCGUUUCCGCGGAUGCAUUUCCUGUUGGCUUCCAUGAGCCCCUUGUACUUUGGCCGCGAUCCGCGCUUCGUUUCCAGAGGCUUCCACCAGAUGUUUUCAGAGGUGAUCACAUCAGGGCACCAGCUGAUGAAUGUGGAUCCCAGGGGCAGCACCUACAUGGCUCUGGCAUUUCUGGUUCGGGGCUCUGCCUCGAUUGCAGACGUCAACAGAAAUAUUUUCCAGCUCCGCAAGAAGCUGAAGCUUUUGCCUUUCAACGAAGAUGCUUUUAAGAUUGGCCUUUGCAAGGUAGCGCCACGUGGUCUUCCAUAUUCGGUUUUGCACUUGGGAAACACUUGCGCGGCGCACCAGAUGUUCAGUCACACAGUGAAGGACUUCUCACGGCUUUACAAUCGCAAAGCGCAUGUGCACCACUAUACCGAGUACAUGGAAAAGGGUGAGUUUGAUGAGGCCUUCGAAACUGUUAAUGCGUUGAUCAAAGACUACAUCCAUUUGGAUAUGUUGCAUGAGACACCAGCUUCCUGCUGCCCACAGCCUGCUCAAAGUGUGCGGAGCGCCGCAGCAGUGCUGACACCCUCUACUUGGGCCAGUGCCUAUGACGGCAAUGUCAAUUUGCUCCAGAAGUACUACACCAUCUACGAUGCCAAGAAGUGGCAUGUCGGCAUAGGUUUGGCCAAACACACGGUGAAGAAGCGACAGAGCACCCUGGUACAGGAGGGUGAGCCACCACCAAAGAAAGCUGAACCAGAGGUCUGUGAGGAUGACAACAAGAACAUGGUCUGGAACCAUCUUCCAGGAUGCAAGUCCUUUGCUUCUAUGGGGUAUUGCCAUCGAUUUUCACCCCUUGCGAGGAAAUAUUGCCGCUUGUCCUGCGCGUUGUGUACGGUUGGCAGCGCAAGCGAAGCACAGCUGGUCGGAGAGAAAGACCUCCAGGAAAGCUCCUCUGCAUCGGUGCAGGUUGCUGGCUCUGGAAUGAGCCUUUCAGGGGCUCGCCGUGGUGCCUGUAACUCAGCACCUGUCAUCUCCUGUCAUCUCCUGUCAUCCUAG